AUGAGUGACAAAGAUCUCAAUACUAUGGAACUAAUUCCUCAAAUACCAGGAAGUGAAAGUGAUAGUGCUAGUGCUAGUGCUAGGGAUAGUCUUAGUCAAAGUGAAGAAGAAGUUAGAACUAUUUACAGUGAAGGAAGUAUUUCACCACUUCCUGCAAAUUAUCGUAGAUCAAUUAACCAUGAUACAUAUGAUUAUAACUUUGAUUGGAGAUAUUCUGAUUUUAACUAUGGUAAUAGUGAUGAUGCUAGUGAAGAAAACUCUGGUAGUCAAAGUAGUCAAACCCCUUCACCUUCACCACCACCUCCUACACCACCGCAUCCUCCCUUACAUAAUCAAUUACCAAACGAAAAUGAUAGAAAUGAAACUAACUAUCGUGCUGAACCUGUCAAUGAACCAGUUUCAUUUAAUACAAUUGCGAGUUUUGUUGUUCCAAUAUUGUUUAUCUGUGGUGCUUUCAUAUUUCAGAACAGGGAUGGCAUUACGAAGGGUCUUCAUACUCUUGCCGUUCUAUAUGAAAAGGUACAUAAGGAUAAAUCUAAAUAG